AUGCCGAUAAAUACUAAUGACCUUAGAUUUUUUGCUGAGGAUGAACUUGUUGCAAUAGAACCAUUUUUCAAAGAAGAGGCUUUAAUUCUGUCUGGUAAAUCUUUUGGCCCAUUCGAACCACCAAAAAAACUCGAAAUGCCCCUUUGGGCAGCUUUAGCACUGAAAGAACGAAAGCAAUGUAAAAUCUUCCCACCAGAAUGUUUGACUAUCGAGUUCCUUGAAAAUCGAUUAGAACUUGAAGAUUUCUUAGAUAUUAAUUAUGGACAUAAACCACUCAGCAACUUACCAAAAUAUUUUAUCGAAUUCUCAAAAAUAUUGUUGGAAAAUGCAGAAGAUGAUAUAGAAAAUCCAGCAAGGGUACGGUAUCUCUUGCAAAAACUUAAAGAGAUACGAGAAAAUAAAAUCGAAAAAAAGUUAAAUGAUUUAGAGGUUAAUGGACUUAAGAUGAAAAACCUCACCACAAGUGAGGUUCAUAAGAUAAGGCCUACUUUCACGAUGGCUCUUGGGGGAAUAAGGAAAUUGGAUGGUGGUAGGAGUGAAGAUCCUAAAAGACAUCCUGUGCAAGUUAAUGGUAUGCAAGAAAUAGAACAAUUGGAAGUAAAUGGAAGAGGCGACGACAUGAGCCUUGAAGAUUACAGAAUGGAUUUAGAUGAUACAAUAAUUUAUGACUAA